GGCGGUGGCAGGCAGGCGCAAGCCUGAGAAGUCCGCGGCUGAGCUGAGAGCAGGUCCCCCACCCCCUGGCUGGGGAAGAGGCAGGUGCUGAGGCCAUGGCGACAGCAGGACCUCCCUGGACGUGGAUGCUGGGUGCUCUGCUCAUAGCCCUGCUUCUGGGGAUCACAGAGCCUGUUCUUGCAAAUGAUGUUUCCUGUGAAAAUCCCUCUGCUGCUGGACCCUUUGAGAGGAACCGGGACCUUGGAGAUUGGCCCGGGGAGGGCACACGGGAGAACAGCAACCGUAUCGUAAAUGGGUCCGACUGCGACAGGCAUUCCCAGCCGUGGCAGGCCGCGCUGCUGCUGGGGCUCAACCAGCUCUACUGCGGGGCGGUGCUGGUGGAUCCGCAGUGGCUGCUCACGGCCGCCCACUGCAGGAAGACAGGUUUCAGAGUCCGUCUUGGCCACCCAACCCUGUCACCCAUUUAUCAAUCUGGACAGCAGUUGUUUCGGGGGGUCAAAUCCGUUCCCCAUCCUGGAUACUCCUACCCAGCUCACUCCAAUGACCUCAUGCUCAUCAAACUGAACAAAAGAAUCCGUGUCACUCAGGAUGUCAAGCCCAUCAACAUCUCCUCCCAUUGUGUACCUGCUGGGACCAAUUGCUUGGUGUCUGGCUGGGGUACCACAAACAGCCCCUCAGUGACCCUUCCCAAGGUCCUCCAGUGUUUGAAUAUCACUGUGCUAAGUCGGGACAAGUGUGAGAAGGCCUACCCAGGACGCAUAGAUCAAACCAUGUUCUGUGCCGGUGAUCAGGCAGGUCGAGACUCCUGCCAGGGUGAUUCCGGGGGGCCUGUGGUCUGCAAUGAUUCCCUCCAGGGCCUCGUGUCCUGGGGAGAUUAUCCCUGUGCCCAGCCCAACAGACCAGGUGUCUACACCAACCUUUGCCAGUUCAACAAGUGGAUCCAUGACACCAUCCAGGCCAACUCCUGAGUCAUCCCAGGACCCAGCAUGCUGAUACCCACCCUGCCCCACUUGCAGGGGCCCCAGCAAUCCCUCCAGACCCCUAUUUCUUCCCCAGGAUGUUGAGAAUAUUAACCCCUCCCGCCCCUAGCCCCAUGUUCCCUUCCUAUCAGGGGACUUACCUGCCUCUGCUGUCGGAUCCUGGGGACAAUUCCCCAGAAUGACAAGGGCAGGAGGUGCAUCUCGGUCUCCCCAGAGCUUCUGUUCUCAAGUCCAGAGUCCAUCUCUCUCUGCAGCUGUGACUCACAUUAGGCCCCAGAAAUAAACCAUCUGAAGAGAAGUGGACUCUGUGUGUGUCUCCUGCCUGUACCUGGAGCUGUGAGAAAGUUGCUUCUCCCCUCAGGGUUACUGGGUUUACUCUGUUAGGUCCUUUGGGUUGUAAGAAACAGAGGCUCACUCAAGCUACUUCUCAUCUUUUUCAUAAAUGUUGAUCUAAUGUCUAUUUGGUGCCAGGAGUGAUUCUCGGAGCUGGGGAUACGCAUCCAACAAAACAGACAAAAACAUCCCUGCUUCUUGAAGCUCAUGUUCCAGUAGUGGAAAAUAGACAAUAAAGAGAUAAAUGUAUAUGAACUAGAAUA